AGGAGAGUGCAAAGAGCAGUCAGAGACAGAGAGAGACAGAGACACAUCAGCUUUCCCUUGAAACUUCUUGUUUUUUUUUUUUCCCCCCGCAAAGGAGAAUGUCGGUAUUUGUGCACACGUUGUUCAGUUUCCUUGUGGUGCUGUGCAGCUUCAGACUCAAUGAUGUGGCUGAGGCUUGCUCCUGUGCCUUGUCACAUCCCCAGGAAGCCUACUGCAAUUCUGACAUAGUAAUCAGAGCCAAGGUGGUUGGCAAGAAGCUGCUGAAGGACAGAGCAUUUGGAACAAUGCGCUACACUGUCAAACAGAUGAAAAUGUACAAGGGGUUUAAUAAGAUGCAGCAUGUUCAGCACAUCUACACCGAUGCAUCUGAGAACCUGUGUGGCGUGAAGUUCGAGGUGAACAAGUACCAGUACCUCAUCACAGGGAGAGUGUUUGAUGGGAAGGUGUACACCGGACUGUGCAACUUCAACGAGAAGUGGGAGAAGCUGACGCUGUCUCAGAGGAAAGGCCUGAACCACCGCUACCAGCUGGGCUGCAACUGCAGGAUUAAGCCCUGCCAUUCCCUGCCCUGCUUUGUGACUUCCAAGAAUGAGUGCUUAUGGAUGGAUAUGCUGUCAUACAUUGGUUACCCUGGGCACCAGUCCAGGCACUAUGCUUGUAUCCAGCAGAAAGAGGGGUACUGCAGCUGGUACAGAGGAUGGGCACCCCCUGACAAAACCAUCAUCAACACCACUGACCCUUGAGCGACUCCUUCCGCACACAGAGAAAGAGAGAGAGGGGGAGGGGGGGGGGUUGUCAAUGGGACUCUUAAUCCAAUGUGACAAUGCAGUGACACAUUAGUGCCUGUUGUUUCCUUGCAGAAUUAGCACUUCAAUUAUAUCUAUGCCAUACUGUAAUAUUUUAAUUUUAAGGCAGGUUUUAUAUGCUCUACAACAGUGGUCUUCAACCCCUGUUUAGUUUAGUUUAAUUCACAUGAGAAAAUGCCUUUUUUAUUUUUUAGCUAAAACAAAUAAAAGCAAUAUUUAAAACGUUUAUUAAAAAAUACAUGUUUGAAAUGUUUUGGCUGAUUACUCCGGUAACGAUAUUCACCAACACGUCAGUCUACUUUAUUUUAGGGUUUACCUUUUUAAUACCUGAAGUUGGUCUUAACUUUCUUUGUGAUAAAACUGUUAAAAAUUUGGAUGUCUAAAUAUAUGUUCAUACGGAUCUGAUAAACCUCACCAAGUGUUUGUCAACUUUAAAGUACAACCCUUAUAAAAGUUUCCCAUAGUAAAAGCAUACUGUUAUAAUGAUAGUGAAAGCAUGGUAAAGCAUAGGUGAG